CAGGAGGUGGAGAAGAUGCAGUGGAGGAUGGCGCAGUGCGAAGAAGGAUGCGGGAAGGAGCUCUUGGGUCGCCUCCAAGACCUGGAGGCCAGGAACGCGCUGGAGCCGGUGCUGCAGCAGCUGGAGGGGGUGAAGCGGGAGCUCUCCGUGGUGCUGAACGAGACGCGCGGCCUCUCCAGGCUCCUGUGCCCCACGUGCCCCCCCGGCUGGCUCCAGUUCGCCAGGACCUGCUACUUCUUCUCCAGCACCACCAAACCCUGGGGGGAAGCCAAGGAAUUCUGUGGGGAGCUCAAUGGGCACUUGGCCACCGUCAGCUCCGAGCAGGAGAAU